CUCAUCCUGCAGGAAAUGCUGUUGAAACGAGCCGCCGACCUCGUUGAAGCCCUCUAUGGAACGCCCCAUAACAACCAGGACAUCAUUCUGAAACGGGCCGCAGACAUCGCGGAAGCUCUCUACAGCGUACCGAGGAACCCCGCGCAGAUCCCUGCACUGUCCAGCUCCCCUGCUCACAGCAGUAUGAUGGGAAUCAACUCCUACGGCAGCCAGUUGGGAGUCAGCAUUUCAGAGUCAACACAGGGGAACAACCAAGGUUACAUCCGUAACACGAGCAGCAUCUCGCCCCGAGGUUACUCAUCCAGUUCCACCCCGCAGCAGUCCAACUACAGCACUUCCAGCAACAGUAUGAACGGCUACAGCAACGUCCCCAUGUCAAACCUGGGCGUUCCAGGCUCCCCUGGGUUCAUUAACGGCUCGCCAACAGGAUCCCCCUACGGAUUAAUGUCUUCAAGUCCAACAGUUGGCUCCUCCAGCACUUCUUCCAUCCUUCCGUUCUCCUCUUCCGUCUUUCCUGCUGUCAAACAGAAGAGUGCCUUUGCUCCUGUCAUCAGACCCCAAGGGUCUCCUUCUCCCGCCUGCUCUAGUGGCAACGGCAAUGGGUUUAGAGCCAUGACUGGUCUUGUCGUUCCCCCGAUGUAAGGAAGAGGCAGCUUUGCUCCUCUCCCUCUUCCCUUUUUUCCUCUUUUUUUCAUUUUUCUUUUACAGCACAAAACUACUUAUUGUGAUGGACCACUAAAAAGAAAAAAAUAGCACUACAAGCUCUUUUUUUGGGGGAAAGCCAGGCCCAGGAUAAAAAAAAAAGGAACAUUUUUUAUGGACUGGACAAGAUAGAAGCCUGCAUCUUUUACCUGUUUCAUAUUUCUGCCACAACCACGUCAACUCCUAAAACAUUGUGAGCGAAGAAUCAGCCCGGAGCCAGGAUGACCAACGGCUGGCAGGACGGAGUCGGAAACGCAAAGUCUUUCUUGAACGACGUGAAACCUUCCUAAGAUUUGUAAGAUACUAAAAGGAGAAAGAAAUUGGCAAAAUGAUUCAAGCUUGAUAUUUUGGAUACAAUUUGUUUUACUUUGUAGGGGAAAAAAGUUGAAGUUUCUAUUUUCUAUGGAGCCUUUCAGAUAUCGAUUUAGUUUAUGCAGAAAAA